CAAGCCCUUGGUCACUCACAGCUACUCCACUUUCAGAUCAUAAAAGGGCUUCAGAAAAACCGCCUCUUUGGUUUUUUAUUUUUUCUAAUGUUCUAAAAAUUUUCCAUUUUCGAAUCGCAAAUCGUUUUUCACCGACCGAAGCAAUGAACGGCGAAAGCCGAAAGCGGGACCGCAGAGACUUUCGAGGCUCCAAGAAGCAGAAGAACCUAAUUCGCACAGCUGAGGAGGAGCUCGAGGUCAAGCUAGGGUUUGAUCUCUUCUCCGAAGGGGAUAAGAGGCUCGGAUGGUUGCUUACUUUUGCUUCCUCAUCUUUGGAAGACCAAGACUCCCACAAAGUCUAUAGCUGCGUUGAUUUGUAUUUUGUUUCACAGGAUGGUUCCACUUUCAAAUCGAAAUACAAAUUCCGGCCAUAUUUCUAUGCAUCCACGAAGGACCAAAUGGAAAUGGAUGUUGAAGCAUAUUUGAGACGACGUUAUGAAAGUCAAAUAGCUAACGUUGAAAUAGUGGAGAAAGAAGACCUUGAUCUUAAAAACCAUUUAUCUGGUUUGCGCAAGUCCUAUUUAAAACUAUCAUUUGAUACUGUCCAACAAUUAAUGGAUGUCAAGAGUGACCUAUUGCAUGUUGUUGAAAGAAACCAGGCAAAAUCUGAUGCUGCAGAAGCCUAUGAGUCAAUACUAUUGGGUAAAAGAGAACAAAAACCUCAAGAUUUUCUAGAUUGUAUAGUUGAUCUUCGUGAGUAUGAUGUGCCCUACCAUGUUCGAUUUGCUAUCGACAAUGAUGUACGUUGUGGCCAAUGGUAUGAUGUCAGUGUAUCAAGUACUGGCGUUAUGCUUGAGAGGAGGACAGAUCUUCUGCAACGUGCUGAAGUUCACGUUUGUGCAUUUGAUAUUGAGACCACAAAGCUUCCGCUGAAAUUUCCUGAUGCUGAAUAUGAUUUAAUUAUGAUGAUUUCUUACAUGAUUGAUGGGCAAGGUUACUUGAUUAUUAACAGAGAGUGUGUUGGUGAGGAUAUAGAGGAUUUGGAAUACACUCCAAAACCUGAAUAUGAAGGAUAUUUCAUGGUGACAAAUGUGAACAAUGAGUUAGAGCUUCUUAGAAAGUGGUUUGACCACAUGCGGGAGGUGAAGCCUGGUAUAUAUGUUACAUACAAUGGUGAUUUUUUUGACUGGCCUUUCCUGGAAAGAAGAGCUACCCAUCAUGGAUUGAAACUGAUUGAUGAGGUUGGAUUUCAAUGUAACAAGAAUCAAGGGGAGUGUCGUGCUAAAUUUGCUUGUCAUCUUGAUUGCUUUGCGUGGGUGAAACGAGAUAGUUAUCUCCCUCAAGGGAGCCAAGGCCUCAAGGCUGUUACGAAGGCAAAGUUGGGCUAUGAUCCUUUGGAAGUGAAUCCUGAAGAUAUGGUUCGUUUUGCCAAGGAAAAACCUCAGAUGAUGGCCUCCUAUUCUGUUUCUGAUGCUGUUUCAACUUACUACCUGUAUAUGACCUAUGUUCAUCCCUUCAUUUUUUCUCUUGCAACUAUUAUUCCAAUGUCACCAGAUGAGGUUUUGCGCAAGGGUAGUGGAACCCUUUGCGAAAUGCUUCUGAUGGUCCAGGCUUACAAGGCAAAUGUUAUCUGUCCUAACAAGCACCAAUCUGAGCCUGAAAAGUUUUAUGGCAAUCACCUUCUUGAAAGUGAGACCUAUAUAGGUGGUCAUGUGGAAUGCCUUGAAUGCGGUGUUUUUAGAUCUGAUCUCCCUGCUAGUUUUAAGCUUGACCCAUCUGGCUAUGAGCAACUGAUUAAUAACCUUGAUCGAGAUCUACAAUAUUCCAUAACAGUAGAGGGUAAGAUGGAGUUGGAAUCAGUGUCCAAUUAUGAUGAAGUGAAGAAUGCUAUUCUGGAAAAGCUUGUGAGGUUACGAGAUGAGCCCAUACGUGAAGAAUGCCCCCUCAUUUAUCACCUGGACGUGGCUGCUAUGUAUCCAAACAUUAUUUUAACAAACAGACUUCAGCCACCAUCAAUAGUUACAGAUGAGGUUUGCACUGCUUGUGAUUUCAAUCGGCCAGGCAAAACCUGUCUUCGGAAGCUUGAAUGGGUUUGGCGUGGAGAAAUGUUCAUGGCAAAGAAAAGUGACUACUAUCACUUGAAGAAGCAAAUUGAGUCUGAAUUUGUUUCUUCAAAAUCAUUUCUUGACCUACCUAAGAUGGAGCAACAAACAAGACUCAAAGAUCGUUUGAAAAAAUACUGUCAAAAGGCAUAUAAACGUGUACUGGAGAAGCCAGUCACGGAAGUUCGGGAAGCUGGAAUUUGCAUGAGGGAAAACUCAUUCUAUGUUGACACUGUUCGGAGCUUCCGGGAUAGAAGAUAUGAAUACAAAGGUCUUAAUAAGGUCUGGAAGGGGAGGUUGUCUGAAGCCAAAGCUAGCGGAAAUUCAAUAAAAAUCCAGGAAGCACAAGAUAUGGUAGUGCUUUAUGAUUCACUACAACUUGCUCAUAAGUGUAUUCUCAAUUCCUUUUAUGGAUAUGUCAUGCGCAAGGGUGCGAGAUGGUACUCGAUGGAAAUGGCUGGGGUGGUUACGUACACUGGAGCAAAAAUUAUUCAGAAUGCUCGCUUACUGGUUGAAAGGAUUGGAAAACCACUUGAGUUAGAUACAGAUGGUAUUUGGUGUGCACUUCCUGGAUCUUUCCCAGAGAACUUUACUUUCAAGACAAUAGACUUGAAAAAGAAGCUGACUAUUUCCUAUCCAUGUGUCAUGCUUAAUGUUGAUGUGGCAAGAAACAAUACAAAUGAUCAAUACCAGACUCUCUCAGAUCCUAUAAGGAAGACGUAUACAACUCAUAGUGAAUGCUCAAUUGAGUUUGAAGUGGAUGGACCAUACAAGGCAAUGAUUCUUCCUGCUUCUAAGGAAGAAGGAGUCUUGCUUAAGAAGAGAUAUGCUGUUUUUAAUCAUGAUGGAACCCUUGCUGAACUUAAGGGUUUCGAGAUCAAGCGUAGAGGCGAGCUGAAGCUCAUAAAAGUUUUCCAGGCUGAACUUUUUGACAAAUUUCUCCAUGGGAAAACUAUAGAGGAAUGCUAUUCAGUCGUUGCUUCUGUCGCCAACCGAUGGCUUGAUCUUCUUGAUAAUCAAGGAAGGGAUAUUGCUGACAGUGAGUUGCUCGAUUACAUAUCAGAAUCAAGCACCAUGAGCAAGUCUUUGGCAGACUAUGGGGAGCAAAAGUCCUGUGCAGUGACAACUGCAAGACGUCUUGCUGAUUUUCUUGGUGAUACAAUGGUCAAAGACAAAGGACUGCGUUGCCAGUUUAUAGUUGCAUGUGAACCGAAGGGAACACCUGUGAGCGAGCGUGCUGUUCCUGUUGCAAUUUUUGAAACAGAUGCUGAAAUUAUGAAGUUCUAUGUACGGAAGUGGUGCAAGAUCUCAUCAGAUGUUGGCAUUCGGUCCAUUAUUGAUUGGUCCUAUUACAAGCAACGACUUAGUUCAGCAAUUCAGAAAAUUAUAACAAUUCCAGCUGCAAUGCAAAAGAUUGCAAAUCCGGUCCCUAGAGUGGCUCAUCCUGAUUGGUUGCAUAAGAAGGUUCGUGAGAAGGAGGACAAAUUUCGCCAACAAAAAUUAGCUGAUAUGAUCAGUUCUUUGAAGAGGAAUGAUUUGUUGAAAAGGAAUAGUGAUACGGUUGGAGGUAAUAAUGUGAUGGAUGAAGAGAUUGUUAGAGAUUUUGAAGACUUUCAAAAUAGUAAGAAUUCUGCAAAUGGACCACGACCAAUUUUACGGUGCUUUGAAGUCAAUAAGAAGAAAAAUUCUGUCAGGACAAUUGAGAGAGUAAUUUCACCACUAGAACAAACUGAUGAUGGUGAAAAGGUGAAUAAUGCUGUCUCUUCUGAUAGUGUGGACAGAAAUGUGGAUUAUCAGGGAUGGCUUGAAAUAAAGAAGAGAAAGUGGAAAAAUAAUCUGGACAAGAGGAAGAGGCAGAGAUUGGGCAAUACGACUUCUCUGCAUCAUUCUAAGGGUAUUUCUAAGUUGCUCAGUGAUGCAACAAAUCAUAAAGAAGCCCAGGGCAGAACAGGUGUUAAUUCAUAUUUUAGGGGGCAUGAAGCAGCCCUAACAUGCUGCCACUGGCAGAUAAUACAAUUUGUUCCAACUUCUCAAAGUGGCCAAUUUUUUGCUUGGGUUGUUGUGGAAGGAAUCAUGCUUAAGAUUCCUUUAACUGUUCCUCGAGUAUUUUACCUCAAUUCUAAAGCUCCAUUAGAAGAAAAAUUUCCAGGAAAGUCUGCCAACAAGAUACUCCCUCACGGAAGGCAGGCUUAUAAUCUAUAUGAGGCCAUAAUUGAUGAAGGUCAGUUUAGAGCAGAAAGCAAAAGCCUUACAGCUCUUCUUGCAGAUCCAGAAGUUGAGGGGAUAUAUGAAACAAAGGUGCCAUUGGAGUUUAAUGCAAUUGUUCAAAUUGGGUGUGUCUGUAAGGUGGAAAAAACUGCUAAGAAGCGAAGUAUCCAAGAUAGCUGGGGUCUGAAAGAAUUGCAGAUGAAGACUACUACAGAGUGCUCUUAUCUGGAGCAAUCUUCUUUCUUUUACUUGUAUCAUAGUAUAUCUGAAGGGCGUGCUAUAUUCAUCGUGUAUUUCCCUGCAUCACGAACAAUAGCUGUUGUGGUGGUGAAUCCUUAUCAAAAUAAAGAUUUGUCUCUGUCUUUUCUUGAAAGACAAUUCCAUGAAGCUUGCCAAGUAUUAUCGAUUGAGCCCCCUCCUCGAAAUGAAAUAAUUUUCAGGGUGGACUAUGUUGGGCUUGUCAAGGAUGCUGAAAUGAUGGUGCAAAGAGCAAUAUACGAGCACAGACAUGAACAUAAUGGACCUACAAUUGCUGUCAUCGAAUGCCCUGAUAUUCAAGUGAUGAAGUCAGGAAUAAAAGCUCUACAUGAUUUCCCAUGUGUGAGCGUUCCUUCCAAUGCUCGUGAUUGUCACUAUCAGGCACUUGGUUGGCAGCAAAAUGCUGCAAAAAUUGGAAUGCAACGUUGUGCGGCAUCAUCCCAGUGGUUGAAAGAGAGAAUUUCUCUCUCAAGAUAUGCCCACGUUCCACUGGGGAAUUUUGAGCUAGACUGGCUUAUAUUUACUGCAGAUGUUAUAUUUUCACGCGCAUUACGUGAUCAGCAACAGGUGCUUUGGAUAUCGGAUGAUGGAAUUCCAGACAUUGGAGGCAUUAAUGAAGAAGAGACAUGUUUUGCUGAUGAGGUGCAUCAACCUAUUCUUACGUACCCUGGAGCAUAUAGGAAAGUCACCGUGGAGCUAAAGAUUCAUCAUCUGGCCGUGGAUGCUCUUCUCAAAAGUAACAAAGUCAAUGAAAUGGAAGGAGGGGCUUUGUUAGGAUUUGAGUCAACUAUGAAUUCUGGUGCACAAGCUCCUAAUGAAAAGGAUGGUUUUGAUGAGGCUACCUCAUGUGCACCUGCUUUUCGUGUUCUAAAGCAGUUGAUACAGAGGUGCCUUGCGGAUGCAGUUGCAUCUGGAAAUGUAUAUGCUGAUGCAAUAUUGCAACAUUUGUAUCGAUGGCUUUGCAGCCCCCAGUCAAAACUUCAUGACCCAGCCCUGCACCGCUUACUUCAUAAGAUCAUGAAAAAGAUUUUUGCACUUUUGUUAACCGAGUUUCGUAAAUUGGGUGCCACUAUCAUAUUCGCAAAUUUCUCCAAGGUUAUUAUAGACACGGGAAAAUUUGACCUGUCUGCAGCCAAAGCUUACUGUGAUAGCUUGCUUAAAACUUUGCAAGCUAGAGACCUGUUUGAGUGGAUAGAGCUUGAACCUUUGCAUUUCUGGCAUUCCUUGCUUUUUAUGGAUCAGUAUAACUAUGGUGGAAUCCCAGCCAGAGCUGAUGAAAGUAUGCAUACUGAAUCUCAAGUGGAUAUCAUAUCCAGCUGGAAUAUUGCUGAAUACUUGCCCAAGAAAAUUCAGGAUCAUUUUGUUUUUAUUGUCUCUCAGUUUCUGUAUAUUCCCUGGAAUUAUGCACAAAAGCAAGCUGCUAUUAGAGCAUCUGUGCAGGAUGGCAACUCAUGCACACCAUCGAUUACUGUUGCAGCUGGGGAGAGUUUUGAAUCUCAUUUGGCAGACUAUCUCAAAGGACAGAUCAGUUCAUACUUUACAGAUAAGCUUCUGGGAAUUGUUCGUGAUACUGUUUUUCAUAUGAAGGAAUUAAGUAGAUCUGAAGUUGAACAUAAUGUACCUCUAGGAUUGAGUCGACUUGAUAUUAGUGUCAACAAAGGUGAUGCAGCCCUGGAGUUCAUUAAGCAUGUCUGUGCUGUUCUGGCCCUUGAUCAAAAUGUUCAACAUGAUGUUCUGGUGAUGAGAAAGAAUCUGUUAAAAUAUGUGCAUGUAAAGGAGUUUGCUCCUGAAGCUGAGUUUCGUGAUCUCUGCUCAACCUUCAUCCUACCAAAUGUCAUUUGCAGCUACUGCAAUGACUGUAGAGAUCUGGACUUGUGUCGUGAUUCAGCUCUACUGGCUCAGGAGUGGCGCUGUGCUGUGCCACAAUGUGGGCAACCAUAUGACCGUGAAGUCAUGGAAAAUGCUCUUCUUCAAAUUGUACGCCAAAGAGAACGUCUGUACCAACUACAGGAUUUGGUGUGCCUUAGGUGUAAGCAAGUGAAAGCUGCACAUUUAGCAGAGCAAUGUGCUUGUGCUGGCUCAUAUAGGUGCAAGGAAGAUGUGAGCGAAUUCCACAACAAGAUGCGAAUAUUCUUGAACGUUGCCGUUCAACAGAAAUUUCAACUUCUCCAGGAGUGUACAUCAUGGAUUUUAGAAAUUCGGUAGCUCUUUAUCAAUUUUUUAACGGGGCAACCAGAUUAGUUUUCAAAGGUGCUUGGUAGUGCAUCAACUAUAUUCAAUCAAGUGAUAGAAGCUAUUGCAAUUGUACGACUGCAAAAUUCAAAACUGUGGAAUCAAUAAAUGCCAAGGAUUUAGCUCAUCCAUUUUAUAA